GCUCUAGACUGGGCUUAAUCAAUGCCCGGAACUCCCAAGUACCUCUGUCAUCUCAUUCCGCAUUUGACUGUACUCUAGGCUGUGCCUGAAAAUUCACUCAUACCACGUCGAAUGUUUUCAGCAUGAUUGUAUUCGCUUCUACUUUCGCCACUUCCAAACCAUCGACCGCCUUCGACUGCCUAUAUACACACUCAUUUUACGCUGCCCGUUACAAUCCCUUCUCUUCUGCAGCUGCUUCUUAUGCUCUCUCGGCCUGGCCAAACUAGAUUUCUUCUCACCUCCAUCUUUCUUUCUCUGAAAACGCCCGCCAAAUACCAUUUGCCCGCGGGGUGUUAUCAAAAACAUAGAAUAAAACCCAUGAAACAAGUUACAAAAAAAGAAAGUGGCCCAUUGUCUUUGGACCGCACAUUAGUCAGUCAUCUCAUACAAUGCGUCUCCAUCUCGCUGGGGUUUCCCGAUGCUCCUAAACGCCCGAUCCAAAAGAAUUCGUGGUUGUGGUAUUUCGGUCUGAGGUAUUGUGUUUGCGAUUCUUCGAUAUCGCCAGGGAAACAAAAAAAUGAUGUCGCAGGCCCAAGGCCUGACUGUAAGAACCAGGUGGUUCGGGGGGAAUCUCUGUAUGGUACAACGUGCAACUCUAAGACUGUGCUGAUAACGCCAAGUGCGUUCCAAAUGCGGGUCGAAUCCGCUUUGUUCCAAUCCUGUUUGACGAUUUGCGUCGCGCCAUAGCAGGGGUUCUGACCUUCGCUCAGCCAUCGUUUUUUGACGGAAGAGGAUCCGAGAAGUUGAGAUACCCUGUGCAAUGUGGACUUAAGCAAACUGCACGGUCGCCAGGAACACCCGAUACGGAAGAGGAAUAUGAAUUCUACUCAUGCUCGGCGAUGUGAUUGUCCUUGUGGUGGAACUGGAAGG